ACAGCGGCACAGCUUUCUGUCCCAACUGCCUGGCUGGCUGGCUGUGUGUGUACCUAUAGCCCCCUCUCCCUGGCUCUCACAUACACACAUCGCGCACACACACACACGCUCCCUCACAUCUCCACACACGCAGAGCCGAUCAGUGCAGGCAGCGCAGAGCCUGGUAAUUGUAUUGCUCCCUCCAAGCGGAAGGAAGGACCGAGAGAGAGGAAGACCGGAGAAAGAAGAGGAGGAGAGAGAGGAGAGAUAUAAAAACUUUGAUUUUUUUUUAAUUUACUUGUUUUUUCCCUGGAGGAGGUUGACAUGACAAUGACCCGGUAUCGCCGAUGGAUUCGGUAGGACACCCGUUAUCUGAGUGUUUUUUAAUGCACUCUGAACAAGAGUAGAAUGAACUUAUCGAAGGGGCCAUUGGUGAACAGCAGCAGUGAAGAUAACUCCAAGUCAACUUAUAGUAAAUGUGGCGCUGGCGCCUGGAGGAUGCACCAAAGCUACGAUCCACUAGAGGCCAACCACAUGAGAGACGCACAUGCCCUCUACAACCCCAGGCUUCUCUGCAGAAUGUCCAGUAAGGAGCGCCACCUUGAGUCCAACUGUCCAUCCUCUUAUAUAAAGACUGAGCCGUCUAGUCCUGCCUCCCUGACUGACAGUCUAAACCAUCACUCCCCUGGUGGCUCCAGUGACGCUUCAGGCUCCUAUUCGUCCACGAUGAACGGCCACCCCAAUGGCUUAGACUCCCCAAGCCUUUACGGCUCCAAUGCAGGGCCUCUGGGUCCUGCUGGUGGCCCUGGAUCAAAGCGUUAUGAGGACUGUUCAUCAACUAUUGGGGAAGAUUCACAGAUUAAGUGCGAGUACAUGUUGAAUUCGAUGCCCAAGAGGCUGUGUCUGGUGUGUGGGGACAUUGCGUCAGGAUACCACUAUGGAGUGGCAUCCUGUGAGGCCUGCAAGGCCUUCUUCAAACGCACCAUCCAAGGCAACAUUGAGUACAGCUGUCCAGCCACCAACGAGUGUGAGAUCACCAAGAGGAGACGCAAGUCGUGCCAGGCCUGCCGCUUCAUGAAGUGUCUGACUGUGGGCAUGCUGAGGGAGGGUAAGGGAAAAGGUGUUCGUCUGGACAGGGUUCGUGGUGGAAGACAGAAGUAUAAACGCCGGAUAGAUGCGGACAACAGUCCAUACUUGAACCCGCAGCUGGCUCUGCCUCCCAAGAAGCCAUUUGCCUUUGGCUGCCUUGCAGAUAACAAAAUCGUCUCUCACCUGCUGGUGGCCGAGCCAGAGAAGAUUUACGCCAUGCCUGACCCAACAGUACCAGACAGUGACAUCAAGGCCCUGACUACGCUGUGUGAUCUGGCGGACAGAGAGCUGGUGGUCAACAUCGGCUGGGCCAAACAUAUCCCAGGUUUCUCUACGUUGUCUUUGGCAGACCAGAUGAGUCUACUGCAGAGUGCAUGGAUGGAGAUCUUGAUUCUACGUGUUGUGUACCGCUCACUGUCCUUUGAAGACAAGUUGGUGUAUGCUGAGGACUACAUAAUGGACGAGGACCAGUCGAAGCUAGCUGGACUUCUGGACCUGAACAAUGCCAUCCUUCAGCUGGUCAAGAAAUACAAGACUAUGAAACUGGAGAAAGAGGAAUUUGUCACUCUCAAGGCCAUUGCUUUGGCUAACUCAGACUCCAUGCACAUUGAAGAUGUGGAUGCAGUGCAGAAGCUCCAGGAUGUGCUCCACGAGGCCCUGCAGGACUACGAGGCUGCCCAGCACCAGGAGGAUCCCCGCCGGGCGGGCAAGCUGCUCAUGACGCUCCCCCUGCUCCGCCAGACCUCCACCAAGGCUGUGCAACACUUCUACAGCAUCAAGCAGGACGGCAAAGUCCCAAUGCACAAACUCUUCCUGGAGCUGCUGGAAGCCAAGGUCUGAGGACGGGGGAAUAGAUGGAAGGACAGCUAGACACCAGUCUGAACCACCUGAGCUUCAACUCAAACUCUCACUUUGAAUGACCUUUUGCUCUUUUACACGCACACACUCUUACACACACGCACACACAAAAAUAUGUCCCUGAAGUAUGUCUGCGGACACAUCCCCCUAUGAAUAAGCAAGUAAUCUAAACCUCUUACCUGAACCCUUAAACCUCCACUGUCUUUGACAAAUGGGUGCUCACUUGACCCUUUGUUUUGGGGAAGAUGCUGACAGACUGACCCCCAAUACCAAGGGAAGAUGAUAUUUCCUUUUAAAACUAUUAACAAUCACUUAACAGUUACCACAGUGACUCAGAACAUUGAAGAAGGCAAAACUCUUAUGCAUUUAAUAACGAUUAAGAUGUUGUUAAUGACAAACGCUUAAAUGAGAACACAUUUAAAAGAAACUGAAAACGCUUCAUUUUAGUCCUGAGAGAGGGUAAGACUGCACUUGUGUCUCCUUUUCCCUCCCUAUUUCCCCCAACAGAGUUUUUUAAGUGUUCAAGAAGAAAACGAAUGGGGGAAAAAAUGAACACUAAAGAAGUAUUAAUGAUGUUUGUUGUCAAAUUACAUGUACAAUGAAAUUUGGAUGGAUGGACAGAAAGAAAAGAAGAGGAGAUUUGCCCUGCCAAAGUAUGGAGCUCAUCCGUUCAGAGGAUGCCAGCAAACUUCACUGUCAAAACCCAAAACUGUUUCUGGUUUGAUCUACCAGUGGCUUUCAAUGCUGGGCCUCAAGAGUACUGCUGGUUUCCUGGUCCACCAGUUAUUUAACUUUUUUUUCUGGUUAUUAUGAAAACCAGCAGGGCUUAAGAGUUUCAAGGACCAGGAUUGGAAACCACUGUGGUAAACACUUUCUGGUUCUCCCUAAAUUCAGUUCCUGGUUUCCCAUGAGUCCCUAACUUCAACUACAACAUUACUAUUUGUUGUAUUUGUUGAGGACCACUGACCCUGGCCUCCCAAACUUGUCAGUAUAACCAUAGCAUUAGUGUUUGCACACUUGAUGUGGCUGAAAAUGCUUUCAAAUAUUCGAAGCACUUGAGGUGUGAUUGAUUGACAGAGUUUAUAAGUAAAAUAUGACUCAUAAAUAACAAAAUAAGACUUGAUCUGUACUGUCAAGAAUGGAUUCCUGCUUCUCCAGCUGGUAGAUGUAGGCUCAGUCCACAUGCGCCAUGAUGCUCCUUAUCCUGUCAAACACUCCUCUUGUGAUUGGACGUCUGUUUGAAACAUUUUCAGCCGCUUAGUGGCCCAGGUUUGUAGCUCUCCACACACAAGUCAGUAGAGAUUUCAGUGUGUCAAUGUGCCAUUAAGAAUAGUCCAGCCCAUGCUCAUUACCCAAACUCCAAAAACUGCAAAGUGUCACGUCAGUACUACCCUCCUUGCUCCGUUGCAUUCACAACUUCCAGCUCAUCUCUUGCAUCAGUGCAGAGAUGUCUUUGUGAUUCAUUCAGGGAGUGAUGAGGGAGCUUCAGUCACUCAUUGCAAUACAAACCAGAAGGAAAGGUGUGCUGACAAAACUGACUGAAGAACAACUAUUGUUGCUUUCAGGCUCCUUAUUUUUUUCUUUAUUUCUAUCUUGAAAAUAAUCUUAGCUAUGAUACCAGUAUUAGGGUUGUAAAUAACUGUCAUCCUGUAUAUGACAUAUAACACAGCUUUGUUUUUGUUAUUAAUAUUGUCUUCUUAAAACUGAAUCAAUCAAUAUGUCUUUACUUUUUUUCUAUCAGCUUGACCACUUUCAGCAAUUAUCAUAUAUAUAUAUAAAUAUAACAAGUAAUAAUGUAUUAACAAAUCAGCGUUUAUCUUAGAAAACUCUGAGCAAUAGUGGUUUUUAAAGGAGGGGUUUGUGCAUAUGGACUAAGUCUGCAAUAUUAACAUAACGUGCCAGUCUUAAAUUUGGGAGAGAGAGGAUGGGGAUUUGAGGAGAGUUUGUAGCUUAUCCUUCUCUCUGUGUAACUUGCCAUAAGCUAUUAGAUAACAGUCAAUAGUUCCUGUGUUAGAGAUAUUUAGGUAGGAACAAAUAUGGACCAGAAAUGUGAGGAUGAGAUGUUAACUUCACAUAAAAGCUGUGUGAAGAAUGGUUAUUAUGAGGGUUGAAUAGGUAACACAACCUAAGAUCCAACCUCCAGUUUGCAAUUAUCACAUGGUUCUGAUGUUUGCACCUUUCUUGUGACCAGGCUCUUUUUGCUGUCACUUUUAAAAACAAGACAGUUCUUUGUUUAAAAUCAACUGUUCAGUAAACAGUUUUUGUCCUUUAGCUGUAUGUUUCUUCAGCCAUGUGGUCAAGUGCGGGGACCAUCAGAAUAACCUGACUAAAUCUGGAUCUGUGCAGAGGGAAAUGGUGCUAAAUGCAAAAACAAAACAUCAUCUGCAUAAAAAAGCACGACACUGACAGUUUCAUGUUAGCUUGCUCUUCCACUUCUUGUUGUUAGAUACUUUAAAGGAAAUGUUUGUAAUGGUAAAAACAAACAAUCAUACCAAAAACAGUAUAAAUUGAUAAAAAAAAUAUUGUUUUUUUUAUUAGUCUUUAGAGUAAAUUGUAUAGGGAAUCUAUUACAAGCGGUUUUACUAGUAUUCAUGCAUUUCUUUCUUAGCUAGUUAUCUGUCUCCUAGUUUGUGUUGUACUCAGAAUCUACAACAAAACCUGUAUUUUAAGUAGACAUACAGAGGUCUCAUCAAAUAGCAGUUUUGAAAAUGUGAAUUUAAUUAUAUUAAUUAAAUUUAAUUAACUGAACCCUUAACCACAAGGACUUACAUUUUGUUAGAGAGAUUUACAGGCAUUUUUAAAAGUCAAUAUCAAAAAGUUGCCUGGAGUGUUUAGGGGCAAGAAAUGGAAAGCUGAGCUUAUAGGAAGCUGUCUGACAUCUUGCAGUCAAGUGAAGAAACAUUGAUUUAAUUGUUAUAGCAAGAAUGCAUACUGUAUGGUUGAGCAAUCACAGCUUUAACAGGUGAAGGCAGUCAAGAGAUUUUUUUUUAUAUCAUUGUUUAUGUAAUUUCUAAAGCGGAAUAAGAAUGCCAAAAUGUGUAAUCUUAAUGAUGGUGUAAUCUAAUAUAAAAUGGCAACUUGUCACAGCUGAGGAGUGCUGCAGUUUAAGUGUAUUUGAUCAACAUCACACACUCUGUAUCAAACAUCAGUAUUAUUAGUAAGGGGUAUUUUCUCAGCCUUCUUAAACAUUGUAUAUUGUAAAUUAUACAGAUUAUAAUUCUAACAUAAGACAUUUUAUUGGAAACAAAAUUGAGAAAAAAAGAAAAAAAUGUAGUUCAGCCUCAAUGUGUGUUUCAUGUUUUGCUGUUUUUUCUAUCAAGAAAAAACCCUGUUUCUUUGGUUUUAUCUGUUUUUGUUUUAAAGUCCUCUUUCUGUUUGAUCCUUUCCUCCUCUGUUGAGCCUCUAAGGCGUUGCUGUGUACUUUUUAUUGUGGUGAUUCCUGUUCUUGUGCCGUGUGCUUCUUCUUUAGACAACACAGAGUAGAAUAGAGGCCAUGUUGUCCGUCUGUCAGAUCAGUCCGCUGGGGGUCUGGGUGCCGGAUUCUCUCCCAAUGAACCGGACCGGAUAUAAGGCUCUUCUUCUAGAAACUUAACUAGACCACCAAGAUCAAAUUACAGUAUUCAUCUUUACCAAACUAUACAUAAAUAAUUCAAUAUUUAGUAUCUAAAUGAAGAAACACCAUACAAGUAUUUAAAAAGGGAUCAUUUGUGUAACUUUCCUGUAGAUUAAACAGUAUACUGUAUAUCUUUAGGUUUAAAUAAUGAUGAAAUGAAAAGGACAUUUGAGUAAUUCAGAACUGUAGGUGACUCUUUUUUGAUAAACUCGCUGUACAUAACUGCCUUCCAUACAGCUCGGCUCAGUCAUUAUCUUUACUGUUUCAGCAGUCAACAAGAGAAAAUAUGAAGAUGAAAAACUUUUUUUCCCCCAUUGUUGUGUCCUGUUUUUCAGCUAAUUUCCUGGAAAAUAGCUUGCUUUACAACAAGGAGUAAAAAGUCAUCGGACAGGUGAAGGUUAGGACUAAAGGUUUUUGUGGCUUGAUGGAAAAUGUUGAAGAAAAAGCUCAGCAUGUUUAGUUUGCAAAUGCUGUUUCUCCUGCACUCAUUACAUUGUGAGACAUGUUUCUGCUUUGGCCCCAGAAUUAAGAACCACAAAGUCAAGAUUUAAACUCAAAGUCUCAAUGUCCUAUAAAGAAUUUGUUAUUUUACUCAUUGUACCUCUUUAAACACAUUUAUAGAUUUAUAAAUUCUGUGCUACAAAUAGCAUAAAUUCAAAGGUCUUAAACAUUAACAUAUGUUUUUAGAGAGAAAACAUAUAUACAAAUUAUUUCACAGGUGCACAAAGGAUAUUUGUAGAUGAAGUCCCCGAUGACAGAGUUGAAUUUCCUAUUUUGAUUGUAACUUUGUCUCAUUGUCAAAAGGAUGGUAUUUCUUAUCAUCCACUGUACAAUAAUCUACAAACAACUUAAGGAAGAAAGGUGCUCUUUUCUUACUAUUGUUUCUCCACUGUUACUGUUUUUAUUUAUUUGUCAGUUGUCAAACCAAUCCUGUGUACUUCUGAACAAUUCAACGUGAUGAAAGAUGUUACACGUCACCCUGAGGUGAUAAAGGCUGAGCUGGAUUUGAUUAAUAGCCAUGUUUUAAAAUGGAGUUAAAUUUCUGCUAUUAACAAAUACUGAUUGUUUUUUCCAAAUUUACUUAAAUAUCAAAUUGGCAGUGUCAAUCACGUAUGGUCAUGGUCAGUUGGGUCCUGCAAAAAUGCUGCCAUGCUUGAUCACUGAAUGAAAGUAGGACCUGCUGUGAUUUCAGAUGUCUAAAAAGAACAAAUCUGCCAGCUAAAAUCAGGAGGUUGUGUGAUUCUUUCACAGGUUCUGAUAUAACUUGCUGCUCAUAGCCAAGAUAUUCUUUAGAUGUACAAGACAAAAGUGUUUUUCCUUGAACAUUUUUUUUCUAGUUAAAAAGCAAUAUUUUAAUGACUGUAUAAUGACGAGACAAGAGUUGCACUUGUUUGUGUUGGGUUAUACAUCCAAAUGCUGUUGUAGCUAUUAAAAUUAUCCUGCAGUUAGUGUUAAAAUGAAACAAACCAAACUGGUAUUUUCUGUGAGGAGCAUUGGAAGAAGGACUGUCUGGGUUUUUGCAGAGCCAUUGAUAGAAAGAGUUUGACCUGGUUGCACUUUGGGCACCAUGUUAUCGCCCUCAUCUGGAACUUAGAUCCAUUAGCUGCAAAUACUCUGUGUAACAAUAGUUUAGCUGGAACAGAAGGUUACUUAGGCAUAGCGACAAAGCAGGAUUGUCCAUCUACCAUGGCUGUCCCUGAAAUCUGCUAAGGCCAAACUGUGUCUAUCUACAGCUCUACAGUGUUUAGUCAUUUAGUUGUAUUUAAUCCCCAAAUGUAACUGCCACUUGUGCUGCAGCUAACCCUGCAGUCUGAAUUUGCAAAUGUGAAGAAAAUAUACAAGGGAGAGAGAAAGAUGACACAUUUGGAUGCAAAGGAUAUUUAAAGAUAAAAAGGACCCUUGCGUGGUGAAGAGUUGUGUACGAGAGAAGACCCUGUAGUGUUAUUAAAAACAUGUCUGUAGAUUUUAGAUGUGCUUCACAUCAGUAAAUGAAAAAAAAGAAACAAUAACCUGUAUAUUUUUGUGACGUGUAUCAUACAAGUGUGCUCCAACAAUAAUGUCCAUUUGUGUAAAUGUAUUUAUUUCACAUUGUAUAUAUUGUUCAAUGCAAAAAGAGAGACCUAUGAUUCUGUAACUUAAAGUACUAUGGGUUGAAACAUUACAUGUGUUACUCCAGACUAUGCCUUUCAGGAUUAUUACAGUAGAGCAAUAUCAAUUAAAACCAGGCUUCCAGUUUUGA